AUGGCACCGAAGCGCGUACAAAUCGCACAAGCUGACGCUCGCCGCCCAGCACCAAAGGGAUAUAUCUCCAAUGUCUACAAUACCCUGACCUCGCCCGAGAACGCCAGCGUUGUAAGAAGUGUAGCUAUGUUCGGAGCUGCGGUUGCCUUCUUCUCGAGUUCUUGGAGCGAAUUUAUUCUUCCGCCCUUGUAA